AGCAGGGACAGUCAGCGUGAGCGCGCAUAGGGAAAAGCCUAAACCGCGCGUGGCUAGAAUGUGUGGAGUCAACUGAACUGCGCACUUUAACAACAGCCUGCGUUUGAACACACAAACAAACCGCGUGCACGCCUUCUCCCCCGGCUCGAGUUAGUUAGUUUAGCGUUUAAACGACUUAACCCACUUGGUUCCGUGACUUCAGCAGCGAUUAUCGUGGAGUUGUUUUUAACGUUUGAAUUACCUCUGCCUCGAGUGGCGGGAUUAAGGGGGCCGGGAGAGAGGGAGAAGGUGGGGCAGAGUGAGUCAAACGGACCGAGCGCUCACUACUGUCCGCUCGCUUCCACCGAACCACCAACGGAUAUUUUUUCCCACCCAAACCCGACAGGAAUCAAUCAUUCGCCGUUCAUCGGAAUUUGGAGAGCGAUACCGUCGGCUGUCAGCGUUCUUUCGCGGCGCUCAUUCCAGGUACUCUGAAGUAUCUGCUCGGUAAUCCUCUGAUAUUUACCAUUUGGACGGAUUUUGGAGGGGGAGUGUAAAUUCCCCGCUCUUGUUGGACCAUGGCCGACGACGACGUGCUCUUUGAAGAUGUUUACGAGCUGUGUGAGGUCAUUGGCAAGGGGCCUUUUAGUGUGGUACGAAGAUGCAUCAACAGAGAGACGGGCCAACAGUUUGCUGUGAAGAUUGUGGAUGUGGCCAAAUUCACCUCCAGUCCUGGCCUCAGCACAGAAGACCUGAAGAGGGAAGCCAGUAUCUGCCACAUGCUGAAACAUCCUCACAUAGUGGAGCUUCUGGAGACGUACAGCUCUGAUGGGAUGCUCUACAUGGUGUUUGAGUUCAUGGAUGGAGCGGAUCUCUGCUUUGAGAUUGUGAAGAGAGCAGAUGCUGGCUUUGUUUACAGUGAAGCAGUAGCCAGUCACUACAUGAGACAGAUCCUAGAGGCGCUGCGGUAUUGCCAUGACAACAACAUCAUUCACCGGGAUGUGAAGCCUCAUUGUGUGCUGCUGGCAUCAAAGGAGAACUCUGCUCCAGUGAAACUUGGUGGCUUUGGUGUUGCUAUACAGCUGGGGGAGUCUGGAUUAGUGGCUGGAGGCCGAGUGGGCACACCACACUUCAUGGCCCCUGAGGUGGUGAAAAGAGAACCUUAUGGGAAACCUGUGGACGUUUGGGGUUGUGGAGUCAUCCUCUUCAUCCUGCUGAGUGGCUGCUUGCCCUUCUAUGGCACCAAAGAGCGCCUUUUCGAAGCAAUCAUUAAAGGAAAAUACAAGAUGAACCCUCGGCAGUGGGGCCACAUCUCAGAGAGUGCCAAAGAUCUGGUGCGCCGUAUGCUGAUGCUGGACCCUGCAGAGAGGAUCACAGUCUAUGAAGCUCUCAACCACCCCUGGCUGAAGGAGAGAGACCGCUAUGCCUACAAGAUCCACCUUCCUGAGACAGUCGAACAGCUGAGGAAGUUCAAUGCCAGGAGGAAGCUAAAAGGUGCUGUGCUCGCUGCAGUCUCCAGUCACAAGUUCAACUCUUUCUAUGGCGACCCACCUGAAGAACUGCCUGACUUCUCUGAGGACCCUACUUCCUCAGGAUUACUAGCGGCAGAAAGAGCUGUAUCACAAGUGCUGGACAGUUUGGAGGAGAUCCAUGCGCUCACAGACUGCAGUGAGAAAGAUCUGGACUUUCUACACAGCGUCUUCCAGGACCAUCACCUUCACACAUUGCUUGAUCUGUAUGACAAGAUAAACACCAAGUCGUCACCGCAAAUCAGGAAUCCUACGAGUGACGCAGUUCAGAGAGCCAAAGAGGUACUGGAGGAGAUUUCAUGCUACCCGGAGAAUACAGACGCUAAAGAACUGAGACGGAUCCUAACUCAGCCUCAUUUCAUGGCCUUACUUCAAACUCAUGAUGUUGUGGCACAUGAGGUGUACAGUGACGAUGCAUUGAGGGUCACCCCUCCCCCCACAUCGCCAUACCUUAACGGAGACUCACCGGAAAGCACGAACGGAGACAUGGACAUCGAAAACGUCACACGUGUGCGUCUUGUUCAGUUCCAGAAGAACACGGAUGAACCAAUGGGCAUCACAUUGAAAAUGAAUGACCUGAACCACUGCAUCGUGGCAAGAAUAAUGCAUGGAGGAAUGAUUCACAGACAAGGAACCUUACACAUUGGAGACGAGAUCCGGGAGAUCAACGGUAUAAGUGUAGCAAAUCAAACAGUGGAGCAGCUUCAGAAGAUGCUUCGGGAGAUGAGAGGCAGCAUCACCUUUAAGAUUGUGCCAAGCUACCGCGUGCAGCAGUCGUCCUGUGAGAAAGAAUCCCCCUCUACCUCCAGACAGUCCCCUGCUAAUGGCCAUUCCAGCAUUAACAGUUCUAUCUUGGACUUGCCGUUGACCAUUCAGCCAAAAGGACGCCAGAUCUACGUACGAGCGCAGUUCGAGUAUGACCCGGUUAAAGAUGACCUCAUCCCCUGUAAAGAGGCUGGGAUUCGCUUCAGAGUGGGUGACAUAAUCCAGAUUAUCAACAAAGAUGACCAUAACUGGUGGCAGGGCAAGCUGGAGAACACCAAGAACGGCACGGCGGGGCUUAUUCCCUCACCAGAACUCCAGGAGUGGCGGGUGGCCUGUAUAGCCAUGGAGAAAACAAAGCAAGAACAGCAGGCGAGCUGUACUUGGUUUGGCAAGAAAAAAAAGCAGUACAAAGACAAAUACCUAGCAAAGCACAACGCAGUGUUUGAUCAACUAGAUCUCGUCACAUAUGAGGAGGUAGUGAAGUUGCCGGCGUUCAAGAGGAAAACAUUAGUUUUACUAGGUGCUCACGGUGUUGGCCGAAGACACAUCAAGAACACACUCAUCACCAAACACCCAGACAGAUUUGCUUAUCCCAUUCCACACACAACCAGACCUCCAAAGAAAGAUGAAGAGAACGGCAAGAACUAUUUCUUUGUAUCACAUGACCAAAUGAUGCAGGACAUCUCCAACAACGAUUACCUGGAGUACGGCAGCCACGAGGACGCAAUGUAUGGCACGCGGCUGGAGACGAUACGCAAGAUCCAUGAGCAGGGACUCAUAGCCAUACUGGACGUAGAGCCACAGGCACUGAAGGUUUUACGGACAGCUGAAUUUGCUCCCUAUGUGGUUUUCAUUGCUGCACCAACUAUCACUCCUGGCAUGAAUGAGGAUGAGUCACUACAGAGGCUGCAGAAGGAGUCUGAGAUCCUCCAGAAGACAUAUGCACAUUACUUUGACCAAACCAUCAUCAAUAAUGAAAUUGACGAGACCAUUCGCCUCCUGGAGGAAGCCAUAGACAUGGUUUGCAGCACCGCCCAGUGGGUUCCGGUGUCCUGGGUCUACUAAAACAGCGAGCCCAUCAACCUGUAACCUUACGCCCUUCAUAACCUCACACUUAACAAUGCGUCUCUGCAAGAAAACAAAACUUGAAAAGUUUCCCAUGAUGCAAACAGAAGCCCACCUCUGACAUUCAGCAACAUCGAUGUACCUGCAGUGAGCCCAGUCUUGGCCCCUCACAGACUACCUAGACGUAGUGUUGUAUUAAUGAAAAAAAAAAGAUCAAUAAAAUAAAUUACUAAAUAUUGUCAUGUCUAUAUAGCUAGGAGGCGACAUUUUGUUGACGUUGGAUUUAAAGAGACAGUAUCCUACAUGACUUCUUUUCCUGUGGUUCUGCUCGUUUUUCUGUUCAUAAUAUUACUCCGACAGAAUCCUCGUAGCUUUCAUCUGUCCAGCAUGUCCAUUAACUCAGCUAUAAUACAUAAUCCCACAUUAUCCAUGCGGCAGACCCCAGCUGCUUUAGCUUUAGCACGCCCCACCAAUUCAGCUUUCAUUUCAAACACACUUUUUUCUUUCUACUUUUCCCAAUCCACCCUCCUCUACACGUGGAUACUGUCUCUCUAAAGACGUGCAUAAAUGUUUUCGAGAUUUGAAUGAGAUCUCAUGCAUGUGAACAUUCACGAGCGUUCAGUGUUAGCUGUGUCCAGACUGUCACCCACAGCAGAAAACAUUCCAUUCGGCGGGACGAACACAUUCAAACAGGUGGAGCCGGUGACCAGGAGGAAAAAAAAAGACCUAUGCACAUCCCUUGCAUUUUGGCAACUUUGUAAACAGUUUAUUUUUACCAAUUAUGUAGUAAAAUGUGUUUGUAAAUGGUCUAAAUUUUUAUUUGUUGUAAGAUUUAUGGGCUUUGGGUUGAAAAUGAAUACUGGCAUUUCAGAAGUGGGUUGUGGGAGAGUAUUAAUGUUGAAAACUAAAUCAGAUUUCUAUUCUGUGCAGCAGAAAGAGGACGCGGUCUGUUCAUCUCAAUGGUUCUGUAUAUGAUAAAACUGUUUCCUCAAACUGCCCUGUGAAAACGGCUCUAUUGAUGACAGAGCAGCUCUUCGGUACGAGUGUGUCUUUUUUUCCCUUUUUCUUUUCUUUUUUUAAAUAUAUAUUUCCUUUUAUGUGGUGAAGAUCUCA